AUGCCUGUCAUCCCCCCCUACAUCCUUGUUGAAGUCCCACAGGCAUAUCAAGCACCUUUAGGGACAGCAGGACACCAGCGCCAGACGAUGCUGGUGCCUUUGCAGGUGCUAAACAGACCCCAAGGGGACUUUCCCUUUGCUGUUGCUGCUGUCCCUGCUUCGGCAUAUCCUGCUGUUGCUGCUAAUCCUACUGUUGCUGCUGCACCUGUUGUUACGGCUGCACCUGCUGUUGCGUCUCCUCCUGAGGCUGCUGCUCCCGCGAGUGCUCCUGCCGAGGCAGCUGCACCUGCUCCUGCAACGGCAGAAGGCGAUGCAAUACGGAGACAGACGGUGCCGCUACCUGCUUACUUGUUCAACGAGGACUGCAUGCAGAAGACAACCGAUAGGGAGAAGGAGGACGGGGCGAGGAGACCCACAGUGGCUGUGCCUGCUUAUCUCUUUAACGAGGAUGCAGCAGCAAAAGCGCAAGAGAGACAACUAGCAGCAGCAGAGAGGAGGCAGACAACUGUGCUGCCGCAGUACGUAUUUGACGAGGAUGCAGCUUUAAAGCAUAAGGAAAGAGAAGAAGCAGCAGCAGAGAGGAGACAGACAACUGUGCUGCCACAGUACGUAUUUGACGAGGAUGCAGCUUUAAAGCAUAAGGAAAGAGAAGAAGCAGCAGCAGAGAGGAGACAGACAACUGUGCUGCCGCAGCACGUUUUUGACGAGGAUGCAGCUUUAAAGCAUAAGGAAAGAGAAGAAGCAGCAGCAGAGAGGAGACAGACAACUGUGCUGCCGCAGCACGUUUUUGACGAGGAUGCAGCUUUAAAGCAUAAUGCAAGAGAAGCAGCAGCAGAAAGGAGGCUCUCAGAUGCUCCCCUUCCCUCUUUUAUGUUUCGUGAGCAAUCGAAAGGAGACAGCCCGCUGCAUGCAACCCCAGCAAGUGCUCCUUUGUCGCGUAGGGAGUCUUCUGUCCCUUUUCCGAUGAGUCUCUUUAACAGCUUCCGAAGCCUGACCCAAGACAGCCCACAGCAUCUGCUGCAGCAGCUGGAUGAAGGAGAGGGCCCUUAUGUACAAGAUGUCCAUCACGACCUCCGCAGGAUCGAUCCUGUCCAGCCUCCUCCUGCAGAGGAAGAAGAUCAUAUCUUCGAUGCUCCAGGGGCCUCUUCUGAUGUUCCCCAUGGCGACAGCCCUAGGGCUAGCAGCUCUGGUUGUCUCUCUACUGUGUCUCCUACUCGUCAAGGCACCGCAACACGUACGCCUGGGAAAGAAGGCCUGCAGCAGCAGCCGGAGACAAAGGAGACAUUUAUAACAGCCCCUUGCUGUGGACGAUCCACAGUAAAGAGCGACGUGCGGCCUUUUAAGCGCCCCUCUUACUGCAACACAACUUCGUAUUGCCUCCAUCAAGCGCAGUUCCCCAUGAGCUUCCUUACAACAGGCCACACCUAA